AGUGUUCAUUCCUGUUUCAGUGUGAAACUGAAGCAGUCGCAGAUUUCAGCACAAACGCAGAUGAAAUUAUCAUCAAAUAAACUGAAGUGGACGAACUAAAACCAGCCGAUAAUUCAGAGUCUGGUACACUUGAAUGGACACGGUGCCCACAGUGAGACCAAACCAACUUACCCGAAGCUCCAUUAUGCCCGUGAAAAAGAAAAGAAAGUCAUCCGGCUCAGAAGAUCCCAGCAUCAGAAAGUGCAAAAUCACCAGUUACUGUAGGACACAAACUCCAGGACGGAUGGUAAACCCAGAGGAUCAGUUUUCUAACAAGAAAUGUCUUGCCUGGUUUUACGAAUAUGCAGGGUCAGAUGACAUUGUCGGACCAGAAAGCAUGGAGAAGUUCUGUGAGGACAUCGGAGUUGAGCCAGAAAAUAUUGUAAUGUUAGUUUUAGCCUGGAAACUUGAAGCAACAAAUAUGGGAUUUUUCACAAAAGAAGAGUGGCUGAAAGGAAUGACAUCACUACAUUGUGACUGCACAGAGAGAUUACAAGGCAGACUGGAUUAUUUACGCUCUCAACUGAAUGACCCAGUUAUAUUCAAGAGCAUUUACAGAUAUGCCUUCGACUUUGCCAGGGAUAAAGAUCAGCGCAGUCUUGAUAUGGACACUGCAAAGUCCAUGUUGGCGCUGAUCCUUGGAAGAACGUGGCCUCUGUUCCCAGUGUUCCACCAAUUUCUGGAGCAAUCAAAGUAUAAAGUCAUGAACAAGGACCAAUGGUACAACGUCUUAGAGUUCAGCCGUACAGUUAACACAGACUUGAGCAACUAUGAUGAAGAUGGAGCCUGGCCAGUGAUGCUGGAUGAGUUUGUGGAGUGGCAUAAAGCCAGAAAUAUUGCAUUAUAGCACAACCAGACGCUGAAUUAAAGCACAUCAGAUGGUUUUUUUCGGUGUGCCCCAGAUGCAGGCAAACCUCUCGAGGAUUGCUUCAAAAUGUCCGAUGCUCAAUACGGAUCAUCACUACCCAGAGACUCUUACAGUGUUACUUAAAAAGGAAAAUGGCUCGGAGGAAUCACAAGACAAAUAAAAGGGGAAAUAUUUUUUCUUAUGUAUUGAUUUGUUUCAACAGUUCUAUUGCCAGUGUUGUAUGAUUUGUCUGAGAGGGAAACAGUCUUUGUAAUUUUUGUCCCUUUCAUUUUUUUCCCCUUAAAGUUUUACUUUGUUUAUAGUGUCUUGAAAAGGUAAUAAAAAAAAGCAGUUGUAAAUAA